AUGGCACAUCUCAACAGCACCCGGGUGACAGAGUUUAUUCUCCUGGGCUUCACUACCCCCCGUGACAUUCAGCUGCUUCUCUUUGGCAUCUUCCUCCUCAUCUACCUCCUCGGCGUGGUGGGGAACCUCGGCUUGGCCAUCCUGAUCCGGACUGAACGGUCUUUGCACACGCCCAUGUACUACUUCCUGAGCCACCUGGCCCUGAUGGACUUGUGCACCUGCUGCACCGUGGCCCCCAAGAUGCUCGUGGGGCUCUGGAAAGGCCAAGACACCAUCCCUCUCCCAGCUUGUGCCCUUCAGAUGUUCUUCUUUGGAGCUGCUGCAGACAGUGUGUGUAGCCUCUUGGCCGUCAUGGCUUAUGACCGCUAUGUCGCCAUCUGCCGCCCGCUCCACUAUGGAACGGCCAUGCCACAGAGCCUCUGUCGCCUCCUAGUGGCCAUGUCCUAUACAGCGGGGGCCACCUCCGGAGCAGUCCAUUCAGGCAUGGCCUUCCGCUUGCCCUUCUGCGGAGCCCACACUCUGGACGACUUCUUUUGUGAUAUCAAUCCGGUGCUGGCUCUGGCCUGCGCCAACACAGACCUGAACGAACUCCUGCUAUUAGUAGUCUGUGGGGGUAUCCAGAUAAUCAGUAUGGCCGCUAUCAUGGCUUCCUACGGGAUGAUCCUCUUCACGGUGGGGCGGGCGGGGUCGAAACGAGCCAUAUCGACUUGUGGCUCCCACUUGACAGCUGUAGGGCUACUAUACAGCACCCAAAUUUAUAUGUACCUACGACCCGACAGCACGUACGCCCCCCAGACUGACAAGAUGGCAUCCGUCUUCUACACAGUAUUCAUCCCCACCCUCAAUCCAGCCAUCUACAGCUUCCGUAAUACUGACGUGAAGCAGGCGAUCCGGAGGAGAUUCAGCAAACAGAGACACUAA